UUGGAGAGGGGGCGGAUUUCCGACCUUUUUCCUGUGCCGUUGUACAGCUGCAGGCAGAAAUUUAGCAGGCACACCCCCUUUGUCCCAAGGAAUACUGCACCUGUUGAAUUUCUUUCCGAUACCUCCUAGAGCUGCUUUUGCUGUAGGGAACGCGUGGGGAACGUCAUUAGGAGCGUGCAGCUUGAAACGCAGAGAGUUGGAGAGGGGGGUACACGUUCAGACGCCACCUCUAGGGCCACCUUUCCCCUGCCCUUCACACUUAAGCAGAAGCUCAGCCGAUGUAGCUUCUCCCAGAAUGGGGCUGCAGUGAUGGAGAAGGAUUUGUCUUUUGGAUUUCUGCCUGUUUUUGCAUUUGUUGAUGUAGGAGUCCUACCAGUGGAAAUACAAAUUGAGGGCCCUUUCUCAAAGACCUGGGCUGCCUUCUUAACUCUGACAUUGUGCUGAGAAAAUGCUGCCCCGUUUUUCUUGAUGAAACCUGUUCUGUUCUGUGAGCUUCACCUCCCUGAGGACCCCCAAAUCCUCUUUCCCAAUCCUAGGCUGCUCAGACAGAGCCAUUUCCCCUCCUCAGGCAUCCAGAAUAAUGAACAAGCUUCAGUAGCAGGCUGGGUGACUCUGCAUCUCUCUGAGCCUGAAAGUGCCUUCUGGCACUUUUCUACUCAAGCUAGUUAGGAUGAAAGAUGCCUUUAAUUUUAUACAUUUCAGGCUAGGUGUUGUUUUCAUGGUUUAGGACAGGAGCAGUAACAAAAGGGAAGACUAUUCCUCAUUUGUGGUGCUCCUUUUUGUUAGCAAUUGGUUUGAUGUGACUUAUAAUAAUUAAUCUCUAUAGGAGCCGGGAACUGCUCCUAUGGCAGUAGCUUCAAGGUUUUCAGUGCAGUUCACAGAGAUAUUUCUUUACUGCCCUCAUUCUCAUCACUGAUGUUUUUUCUUCUAAAAUAUGUUUUCUGCAUUUUUAUAUAGAUAUAAAUAUGUGUCUGUACUGGUAGAUCUACAUGCUGGUAGUUACUGUUAGGACCUGAAAAAUGGGGAUUGGAGGGAGAAUCAAAGUUGUCAAAAGAUGAGCCUCAGAACAGACUUAAGACAGACAUAGUUACAGGUCAAAGUCACCUUUUGGCACCGAAACAGUGGUUAUUUCUGAAGGUUCCAGGCAGUGAGAUGGUUUUGGGGCACAGUGUCUCAUACUCAGGAUUCCACUGUGCUAUCUAUUUGACCACUCUUGCUUCCUGUAUUGAGUAGGAUUCAAGAGAUGAUAAUAUUAGGGAAAAUGACGCACUGUUUCCAGUUCUAGACGUGGCUACCUUCAUUAGAGAUCCCCUGUGGGAGUGUGUUACAGCAAUAGAAAUCACAGAUCUGGGGUACUUUGGUGGUGAAGUGAUAACGUUGACUGCCUGCUCUCCACAACUCUUUUCCUCUGCAUAACAGGAAGUCUAUGAAAUCUUUAAGCCACAUUCUCUUUGUAAGAAAAUUGCUAACAGCGGAGCCAAUCAUAUUAAUAGCAUUUGUGGGAAGUGGUGCAGCACUGUGAUUCUGGUGCAGCACUGGUUUUGCACUGUGAUUCUGACUGCAUGGAUAGAAGGCCUCUUGAGAAGGCCUAGACUGGAAAAAUGCUGGAACAAAAUGAGUUGACAGUGCUCUCCCCUCUGAGUAGAGUUGCCAUACCCCUUGAAAUUCCGGGUUUCACCUGGAUUUUAAGCAUUUCACCCAGAUUGCUUAGCCCACCCAGAUUUGCCUGGAUUUCAGCUUUCAUUAAAAAAAAAAAAAAAAAGCUAAGCCCUUGUAGAAGCGGAGUUAUGGAGCAAAAUGUGCAGUCACUAUUCUGCUGAAAAAUUAUUUUCAAGACAAUUUACAUAAUAUGCAAAUUAGGCACCUGGAUUUGGAAAUCCAAAAUAUGGCAACCCUACCUCUGAGUCAAGUCCAAAUGUAGCCCUGAAGUGGAAAGGGGUGCUCUGCAGAGUUUACUGCUGUAAACAAAGGUUUGGGUACUCCUGGCCAUAAAUAGGCUAUAAAUGUUGGAAUUUACAGUGGUAGGCUGAUUCUGUUGAUAGCCUGAUUGCAUCCCAACAUGAGGGUUGAGGGAGGGUGGAAAUUGCAUCUUUAUGAUAUGAGUGCUGCUUCCUGUCUGGAAACUGAUUGCAUGGCAUUACUAUGUGCUGACUUUUGGUCCAUCUAGUUUGAGCCCCCUACAGUAUAUAGCAGGCUUAGCAAUUUUAAUUCCUGAGGGGCCUGUAAAGUGCUGGUUAAGUGUCGCCUUUUCCUAGCCAGACCGUUUCUGAAAAGGGACCUCCUAGGUUCGUCAUUGUCCUAUUGCUUCUGCAGUGAUCUGACACUAGAUCUUUCUCUUGGGAGCUGACAAUGAAGUGGUUAACCAUACAGUUUCCCCUUUCCUCUGCCUUAUCUUUAUACUCCCAGCUGUUGGCAUGUGAAUCUGCCUUUGUCUUCCUAGUAGUUUAGAAAACAUUGUAUUUGAACGGUUGAAUUCAUUGAGAAGAGAGUGUUUCUAGUGCACAGAUAUUGUGUGUUUUCUUCCUUAAAACAGGUCCUCUCCUUCCACACCCUUUCUGGCUUCUCCUCUUAAACUACCAAAUAAUCAUUUUAUUGACCUGAGUUGUGCUUUCUCCAACUGUCUGCUAUGGCCUGUGUGAAACCAGAACAUUGGCAGGAUGGAGUUCCAUUUUCUGGGCGCUGUACUUUCCCAUGGCUAGGUUUCCUAGGUCUCCUAUUUUGUCAGUUGUCCCCUUCUUAUAUUGGGAAGGUCUCAACUAAAUGCAGGGUUUCAGACGGAUUAGAUUACAAUGCCACCAGAUGUGAGAUGCAGAAUAGAACAUAGUCCGUGAGCCAGUUGGGGUGGUCGGAGCCAACUGGAGGGAAGAAUGCCCACUGUGAUUUUUGACAAGAUCUACAUCCCUAGAGAUUGGAAAGAGGGAAACGGCAUAACACCUGGCUCCUGCGCCCAACACUGGUUCCUUGGAGAACUAACAGUUCGUUCCGUAUCUUUGUUCAGAGACAAAGGGGACCAUGUAUAAAAUGGGAGCCAAGGGAGGGCCUUCCUAGGCAGGUCGUAGGGCAUGGCAGAAGGAGAAGACAGUGGCGAUGCCAGAGGCCCACCUGUCCGCCUCUGGGUGCGACGAAUAGGCGUUUAUUGUGAUGAGAAUCAGAAAACAUGGCUGGUGGCAUCCGAAGAGGAGGCAGGUACACUGAAGGCCCGGAUCCGAAAAGUCCGGGUCCCCCUGGGUGAGGCGGUGCGCCCCAGCCACCUCCCUGCAUCCCAGCUGCCCCACAUGUGGCAGCUUUCAGAGGGACAGCGGUACCGGGACAGCAACUCCCGCAUCUGGGACAUUGAACACCAUUUAAUGAUCACAGGGGUGGAGGAGCUGCUCCUGAAACUCCUGCCAAGUGAUUAAAUCUGAGAGCUGUGACUCUGGGAUGAUGUCCCUGUUUGUUUUUUAUGUGGUAACUCUCAGCACCAAAAUGCAGCUGCCUCUGAGGUGGAUCAUGGCAGGCAGCUCUCUUAACAACCCACAGCAGCAGCACCCAAGAGCUUAGGAC